AUGCUCUCUUUUCCUCCUCUUCGCCCCACUCCCCCCCCUCACUGCCCAUACACCCGCUCUCUCCCCCCUAAUUCCUCUCCCAGCGAUCUCUCUUACAACUACCUCUCGGGCCCCAUGGACCUGCCUGCUGCCAUCAGCACAGUGCGCCUCGCCAGCAACUUCCUCUCGGGUCCUCUCCCCGACUGGGCGUGCCAGGCUCGCAAAUUUGACGCCAACUGCUUCACCGUGCCGUCUGGCUGUGCCCUGGUGGUGCAGCGGGCGGAAGCAGCAUGCAAUGCGUUCUGUGGCAUCUCCUCUGCUGCACCUUCGUCCUCCAAUGGUGCAAGCGCCGCCGCUGCUGCUGGUGGUGCAGCUGGUGCAGCUGGUGCUGAUUCUACUACUGCCGCUUGCGGUGGUAAUGGGAUUUGCAUUCCAAACCAGGCCACAAUGGUCCCGCGCUGUUCUUGUGACCCGGGAUUCAUCGAGCUUGAGAGCCAUACCUGUGUUGCCAAAGUUAAUCAGCCCAUUCUCCCUCAAGCCACUGCUCUCACCAAGGGGGCGCAAAGGGAGAUCAAGGGGGCGUUCACAGCAGCUCCAUUGCCUCUGUUUCUGUACGAGGCAGGGAUGACAUCGACAGGGUGUGGAACGCGGUUGGCCUUCCAUGCCCAGUUUACCUUCUCCAUGUCGACUGGAACUUUCCGUGGGGGCAACAAUGGGUUUGCCUUUGUCGUCUCGGCAACGGACCGAGUGGGGACCAGGGCCGGUGUGGGGUAUGAUGGAAUGGACGAGCGGAGCAUAGCAGUUGAAUUCGAUGCUUUCCAGGACAAGCAGCUUGGGGAUAUGUUCGGUCAGCACGUGGGGCUGGACACGAAAGGUCAGGAGACUUCGGUAGCUGCUGUGAAGUCACCGUUUCCUCUGAACAACAAGAAGGCAUACACGGCAUGGGUGGACUAUGAGCCUGGGGAACCCGGCACCAUCCAGGUGUUCCUGGCGGCUUCACAGGUGAAGCCACAGCAGCCGCUGUUAAGGCAGAGGCUGUCGCUGUGCGAGGUGCUGCAGGCUGGUGCGGAGCAGCAGGCGUUCUACUUUGGCUUUGUGGCGUCCACCACUGAGAAGCCGUACCAGAUGCAUCUGAUUCUUCAAUCUGCGGUGCAAACAGGUGAGGUGAGGGCAAUAAACGUGGUGUUGCUUUUGUUGUUGUAUGAUGAUGACAACAGCGACGGCGGCGGCGGCUGCGGCAGUGGUGGCGGUGGUGGUGGUGGUGGUGGUGGUGGUGGUGGUGGUGGUGGUGGUGGUGGUGGUGGUGGUGGUGGUGGUGGUGGUGGUGGUGGUGGUGGUGUUGGUGUUGGCGGCGGCAAAGAUGAUUAUGCCUUUGGCCUGACUCUCUCUCCAACGUCGUAUGCGCCACCGGGAGCGAGCCCCUUCACGCGCUACAUGAGUGCGGACUACCAAGCGUCGCCCGAAGGAUGGCGCAUCAGCAGCUCCCAUUCCUGGGACUCCAUGCCCUUCCUUGCCUGGCCAGUCAAGAACCAGAAGGACUGCGAUGCAAGCUGGGCGUAUGCGGUGGUGGCGAGUGUCGAAGCAGCAUACGGCAUUGCGCUGAAACAAAAGGCGCCACAGCUGUCAGUGGACUCGCUCUUUACAGUCAUGGGGCUCAAGUCCCCUGCUGCCAAGUGCACCGCCGGGAACUCUCCUGAUGCGGCCUUCAAAAAGCUCAGCACUAUGCCACGUGGUGGACUCACCGGAAGCACGACGGGAGGGGAUGGCGUGUGUGGCAUCAACGUGCUGCCUGGCAUCUACCCCAUUGUCAAAAUUGACGUCUGCAGCACUUACCCUACAAACCCCUGUGCCGUGGGCACAUGCAUCAACGAUGGCAAGGGCGCCUACUCCUGCAUCUGCCCUCCCAACUACAUCAGCAGCAGCACCAUGGACAAUUUCCCCACCUGCGACCCAGCCGACACCAUGGCCUCUACUCUGACCGUCACUGGCGCCAACUGGUGGUGCUCUGAUGUUCUCCCUGCUGCUGGCGUCGCAUUGGCCAUUGACUGCACCAAGCCUUUGCCUCCGGGCAAGGUGAUUCAGCUGGGCAGCGAUCCUACACACCCUUGCACUGCCUUCUUCUCUACCAUCAAUCUUAAACUCACAGCAGCCAACCUUGCGGCUCUCAAUCCCGGCCUGAACUGCUCUGAGCCCAUCAAGGCAGGCCGCUCUCUGUGCAUCGAGCGCAAUGCCACUUUGGCCUACACCAUCCCACAGUGCUGGCAGUACGGCAUGCUCACAGCACAGGACACAUGCGAAGGCCUGCUGCAGCAGAGCAUGCAGUCUGGAGAGGAUGGGGCUGCAGGGGCUGGAGUGGUGACUGCAGCCAGUUAG